UUAAAUAUGACAAAUGCAUUUUAAACGAAUAAGAAUAAAACAUAAAAUAAUAAUUAUUUUAAAUAAAAAGUAUACUUUUUUGAUAAGGAGUACUAAUAGGAACCACACUGCCCACACCAUCAAAUUUAAAAAUGUCGAAUUUACAUUAAAAUGUAAAAUCUGUAUAAAAUAGGUUAAAGUACACACUUUUUGAUAAAACACAAAAUUAUUGGUUCGCACUGUGAUAAAUCUUUUUUUUUUUUAUUAAUAAACAACUAACCAUACUAUUCUAUGUAUUAUAAAUAAUUUUAACAAGUAGUUUUUUUUUAUCUUUUACAAUUUAAGAUUUUUUUUGUUUGUGCCUAAAUUAAUUAAUAUUUUAAUCCAUUAUAGAUAGAAAUAUGUCUUUAACUUCAUCAAUCGUAUCUCAAGAUAUAAUGAAAACAUUGGAAGUAAUUGCUGAUAUUUUCCAAGAAGAAAAUAUUAAAAUAUGUGUUAAAGAGUCUGGUAAAGGUGCUUUAAUUGCAGGCAUUUCAUCUUUUAUUGGCGGUAUACUUGGAGGAAAAUCAGGUUUUUUAACUGGUAUGAUAAAAUCUUAAACAUAACAUAAUUUUAUUUUAAUGCUGAAAAUGUUGGUUUCUUCCAGUGAAUAUUUAAGGAACUACUUUUGUUUGAAGACAUUACAAUUUUAAGGCUGGUUUCUGAGCAGCAAAAGCUUGGCUAAAGUGUACAGAUUUAAAUUUAUUUAUUAUAGAAGUAAUAGCAAAAAAACUUUGUUAUAAAAGCAGUUUAGCACAGUUUCUAAUUUUUAUUUUUUUGGGAUGUGUUUUUAAGGCACUAAAUUAAAAAAGGUUGAAAAUAUUUUUUUAAAUCAAUUUAAGGACUGUAUACUUUACACCCCUUAAAACAACAUUAAUUUUCUCCUGUUACCUACCCAGCAUGAUUUUAAAUAACAAAUGGAAAUGGCCAAACUCACAAUUUCUCAUUGCGACCUUCAGAUGUAAACUUAAUUUACUAUAUUCCCUUCAAAAGUAUUAGGUUGAAAAUACUACGAUAGGUAGUUAAAGUUUGUUGUUUUCGGUAUGGCGAACACAUGGAGGUUGAAGAAAAUCUGGUUUGGGAUAGACAUUUAUUUUGUCAUAACUUCUUUAGUUAUGGUUUUCACUCAACAAUUUAAACACUUUCAAUAUCAGCAUUGAAAAAAAAAUCAUUUCAAAAAAAUAAGAUUUGUUAUUUGUGAGAGGUGUGAAUGCACUCGUUAGCAAAGUUUUUCUGCUUGUUGCCUUGGGGAAAUCAUUGUUUGAUUUUCCUUUACAAAAUGAAAAAUUUAUGCAGUACAUUUUUCUGGUAUUUUAAAUUUUUUUGGAAUUUUGUUAAAAACAAAAUCGUUAAGACCUGGUAAUACUUAUAUCAACCUUUUUUCUAGACAAAUUUAAUGAUAUAGAUUUUUGAGCUACUUUAUGUAGAGCUACUUAUAUGUUUGAGUUUUGAAUAGAUUGUUUUGCCACAUUAAAAAUGCUAGAAAAUUAACCACAAGGUUCAUCAAAAAUCAAUAAUUUAUUGUUGUGUACUGUUAUAAAACAUCAACUUCCUUCCAAAAACGUGGGGCUACGAACAAACCAACUUAUCCUGUACGAAGAACAUAUGAUGAUGUUCUAAACACACUCACAGUUUACUGGCUUUUGUUUUAAUAAUUAUGAUUUAUACAGUAACUAUUUAUUUAUUUCAGGUGGAAUAGUGGGUACAAUAGCUGCUUACUCCAUGUCACCAGAUUAUAAAUCUUUUAUAGAAAUUAUUCAUGAUUUAGAUUAUGAAAAACAGAAGAAGUUAUUUGAUGCUAUUAAAAAUUCAAUAUCAUCCGUUGAUAUAACUGAUGUGGUUAAAUUUUCAAUUGCAUUAGCCACCAGCCAAUCUCUAAAGGAAAUUGUAAUUAAGGAAGCAAUCAAAUUUGUAAGCAAUGAACUUAACAUGCAAAUUACAAGAGGUUGAGAUUUUUUUUUAAUGUACAUAUAUAUAGUAAAUGAUAAAUGCCUAUUUUUUUUUACCAGUUUAAUAAUUAUGAAAUAUUAAAUUAUAUAAUUAAAAUCUGAAAUUAAAUUAAAUGUAAUAAAUUUUUAUAAAUAUUUUCAAGAUAAUAAAAUAUAAAAAUUGUUAAUAAUUUAAAAAUUAUAAUCUAUUUUGUUUUAUUAAAUACUAUUCUGACAUUGGUUCCUCAAUAUCUUCUCUUCUUGUUAAUAUGUCAAGGUCUUCAUCAUCGAAUGUUUCAUAUGACAUAUCUUCACUCAAUGAACCAUUUUCAUCCAAACUAUCAGUUAAAUCAUUUAAUGAAGCCAUAAGUACAUGCAACUGUUUUCGUCUUUUAUCUAAUUUCUGAUUUAUUUCAUUUUUUGUCAUCUAAAAUAAACAUUAUUAAUAUUAUUUAUACAUAAAUUAUUAUAUUAAUUACCUAGUUAAUAAACUUACUUUUAGUGCUUGGAGUUCAUCUUUUAAAUCAUCUAAACGUUUAGCAGUAUCAGUUCUUGGUGGAUGUUGAAUAAUUAGCUUGGCCAAUACAUCAUACUCCAUUCGGUUGCGUCUAACAGUUUUAGCUUUUUUUAGUUCUUCUUUAGCAUAAUCAAUCUCAGUUUUUGUAUUUUUUAUAUUAUGAUCAAUUUCACUUGACAUAUUGUCAUACAUUAACAUUUCUUCAACAUUCAUACGAGAUACAGCUUGAGAUUUCUUCAUCGCAUGUUCACAUAAAUUAAGAUGAACUAACAUUUUCUCCAUAACCUUUUGACU